AUGAGUCAGAACGACACUCGCUCUCAGCGUCAGCGUGAGCAAGACAAACGCCGGCUCUCAGUUCAACGCGUACUUCUCCUACUCAGCCCGGAAAAUUCAGAUUUGGAAAACAAGCCGAAAAAUACACGCGACAACUCCACCUUGAUCAACAAUGCAGCCCCCGGAAAUACCAACAGAUUUGCCUUGCUGGCAGAUACCGCUGAGGACGUGCCGCUGGGAUUCGUUGAUAUCGAACCGAAGAAAACAAAGCCUCCGCCAAUAUACAUCCGCGAGAAGAGCACAAGCGGUUUUGUAAAUGCUUUGAUUGGCCAUAUUGGAAAAGAAAGCUUUCAUAUAAUUCCCCUCGUAAGAGGUACUAUCAAUGAAAUCAAAAUUCAAACGAAAACGGAGGACAACUACAGAAAAGUCACAAACUAUCUUACCAAACAAAAAAUAAGCUUCUACACCUACCAGCUGAAAAGCAGCAAGGGCCUGCAAGUAGUACUGAAGGGCAUUGAGUCUGAUGUUACGAAGAGAUAA